AUGGUUUCUGCGUCUACUUGGAGGUCAGAUCUCAAGGCGGCGGAUCGAUAUGAUAACAUAGAGAGGUUGAAGACAAGCAUUGAGGCCCGAGGGCUAAGUGCACUCGGAACGUCUCAAAAGGCUGCUUUUGCUGCAGAAACAGAGGCCUACAACAGCUCUGAGUCGAGAGAUGAAUACGACUCGGCGUGCAAGGCAAUAGUUGAGGGAGUCCCUCGGAUUCCAGAAACUGGAUAUCCUACUCCCACUGGUCCUGGAAUAUCUAUAGGUCGCUACCAAGACUGUCAUCAUCUCGCCAGUGGUCUUGUUUCGGAAGUGUACAGAUCGAGCGCCGUUGCAUUGAAAGUUAUCACAGAGACUCGAAAUGUAGAACCUCAUAACUCAAUCCGAGAAGUGAAGAUCCUAAACCAAAUUUCGCAUACAUCUAUCAUCGAGCUAGUGGAGACCUUUCAGGAUAGUGAAGGAAGACUCGUUUUAGUAUUUCCAUUCAUGCCUCUUACCCUCGCGAAAGUAAUUAAUAAUGGCUCGCUACCCGAAGACCUUGUUCACUCCUGCUUCCAUGACCUCUUUUCAGCACUCGCGUAUCUUCACCAGAAUGGCAUCAUCCACCGCGAUGUCAAACCAUCGAAUCUUCUACUGGCAUCUCCAAAUGGCCCAACACUUCUCGCAGAUUUUGGCACAACUUGGCAUCCAACACUAUCUCUCAUCAAUGAACCAGCUGAUCAUAAAGUUCUUGAAGUGGGCACAACCUGCUACCGUGCCCCAGAAACACUGUUCGGUAACAGGUCGUAUGGCACAAGUCUCGACAUGUGGGCAGCUGGGACAAUGCUCGCCGAGUGUCUGCGUAGACCUCCGAAGCCGCUCUUUGAAUCUAGAGAUACUUCCGAGGACGGCAAUCAACUUGGACUCAUCUUGAGUAUUUUCAAGACAAUUGGCACUCCAACGCAGGCGACAUGGCCGGAAGCUAUGGACUUUUCCACGCCACCAUUUGAAUGGUAUCAAGAAUUUCCAGGUCAUUCGUGGGAGGAGCUCCUGCCAUCCGCAUGCGAGAGUGGCAAGGAUCUAGUCAGGGGAUUAAUUUGCUAUGAGAGCUCAAAGAGGUUGACGUUUAAUCAGGCACGUCAUCAUAUCAAACUCUGA